AUGGGUUUUUCAGAGUGUUGUAGUCAGCUGCUCAAGCUUGGAUCUGAGGUAAAUUGUAGUGACAAGAAUAACAAGGGAGAGACGCCUUUCCACUGUGCGCAGUAUUCGCCCGGUGAAGUAAGGAAAUUAUUUGAAGCCCAUCCAGAUAUUGACCUGUUCAUUGCUGAUAACAAGGGCAAGACUGUUCUCCACUGUGCUGCAGAAAGAAAGAAAAGCAGAAAUGUUGAGUUCAUCCUGGCAAUGGCAAAAUCACAAAACGUUAACAUGAAGCAGUUUGUAAACAUGCCAGACAGCGGAGGUAAGACCGCUUUGUAUGUUGCCAUAGAGGGUGGGGAUUUGGAAUGUUGUAAGUCCCUGGUUAAAGCAGGCGCUGACGGCAACCUGGUAUUGGGAGCUCGAGGCACAUCCUUGCAUUUAGCUGCCGAGAAGGGUCUCCGGGAGGUCUGCGAAUACCUGAUCACCAAAGGCAUAAAGACGGACACUCGAAACAGCAGCUUGAUGACCCCUCUUCACCUCGCGGCCAAGAAUGGCCACGCCAGCUGCUGUGAAGUUCUGCUGAAGCGAGGUGUUCCGUGGGCUGCCCAAGACGACCAGGGCAUGACUGCCCUCCACCAUGCCGCCAAGGAAGAGCGGGCGAGUGCUGUCGUUAUCGUAGCGCUGCAGCCUCGAGAAGAACUGCUUGGAGUGUUGCCAGGCCCUCGUCACCCCUCGCUCGGAUAUCUGGUGCCAAAGCAAUGGCAAAAGCCCCAUCAAAUAUGCAUAUGA